CCGUGCGCUUUGUGGCGCUGCCGGAAGCGGGAGCGCGGAGCGGGCAGCGCGGAGCGGCGGCCCCCUCUGUCGUCUCGGCCACCAUGGAGCCGGCGGCCUGAGGGCGGAGCGGCCGGCCCUGCCCCGACAUGCCCGCCGGGCCCUUCGGCGCAGGUGUUUGGAUUGUAGCAUAGAGGCACUAUGUACUCAGAGUGGAGAUCCUUGCAUCUUGUAAUUCAAAAUGAUCAGGGUAACACCAGUGUACUUCACAGCUAUCCUGAAAACGUGGGCAGAGAAGUGGCAAAUGCAGUGGUGCGUCCUCUUGGACAGGCUUUAAUCACCUCGUCUGUUGGAAGUGAGAGUUUACUAAAAACAGACAAAGAAGUAAAAUGGACAAUGGAGGUGGUUUGUUAUGGACUGACCCUCCCUCUGGAUGGCGAUACUGUGAAAUACUGUGUGGAUGUGUAUACAGAUUGGAUUAUGGCUCUUGUGUUACCUAAGGACUCCAUUCCUUUACCAGUUAUUAAGGAACCAAACCUUUAUGUUCAAAGCAUUCUCAAACAUCUCCAAAAUCUCUUUGUACCAAGGCCAGACCCAGGAUCUAGUCAGAUUAGAUUGUGCUUGCAGGUUCUGAAAGCUGUCCAGAAACUGGCUCGUGAAUCGACAAUUAUGGCAAGAGAAACCUGGGAGGUUUUGUUAUUGUUUCUUCUUCAGAUCAAUGACACUCUUCUAGCAGCUCCAACUGUGCAAGGUGGCAUUGCUGAGAGUCUGGCUGAAAAAUUAAUUGGUGUGCUGUUUGAGGUGUGGUUACUAGCUUGUACGCGGUGCUUCCCGACACCACCUUACUGGAAAACUGCCAAAGAGAUGGUGGCCAACUGGCGACAUCACCCUGCAGUCGUUGAUCAAUGGAGCAAGGUCAUCUGUGCCCUGACUUCCAGAUUGCUGCGUUUCACGUAUGGACCUUCAUUUCCUCCAUUUAAAAUUCCUGAUGAAGAUGCUGGUCUGAUUCCCCCUGAAAUGGAUAACGAGUGCGUUGCACAAACUUGGUUUCGCUUUUUACAUAUGCUGAGUAAUCCUGUGGAUUUGAGUAACCCAGCCAUUAUUAGCUCUACCCCCAAAUUUCAGGAGCAGUUUCUGAAUGUGAGUGGGAUGACUCAAGAACUGAAUCAAUACCCCUGCCUUAAACAUCUGCCUCAAAUAUUCUUUCGUGCCAUGCGUGGGAUCAGCUGUUUAGUGGAUGCAUUCCUAGGCAUUUCCCGACCCCGGUCAGACAGCGCCCCCCCCACGCCAGUGAACAGGCUGAGCAUGCCCCAGAGCACUGCCACCAACACCACCCCGCCCCACAACCGCAGGCAUCGGGCUGUGACUGUGAACAAAGCAACGAUGAAAGCCAGCACUGUAACUACUGCACACGCUUCAAAAGUGCAGCACCAACCCUCCUCCACUUCUCCACUCUCUAGCCCAAACCAGACCAGUUCUGAGCCACGGCCACUACCAGCUCCUCGCAGGCCAAAGGUUAACAGCAUCCUGAACCUCUUUGGAUCCUGGUUGUUUGAUGCAGCAUUUGUUCACUGUAAACUUCAUAAUGGGAUAAACAGAGACAGCAGCAUGACUGCAUCUUUUAUCCAAAUUCUUCUUUCUUAUAAAUCUUCUAUAGCAACUCAAGCUAGCGUGGAGUUCCGCCGGAAAGGAUCCCAAAUGUCCACAGACACAAUGGCUUCCAACCCCAUGUUUGAUGCCAGCGAAUUCCCAGACAACUAUGAAGCAGGAAGGGCAGAGGCAUGCGGGACACUGUGUAGGAUAUUUUGUAGCAAGAAGACUGGGGAGGAAAUAUUACCAGCUUACCUAUCCCGAUUUUACAUGCUUUUAAUUCAGGGUUUGCAGAUAGCAGAUUUCAUUUGCCACCCAGUUCUUGCCAGUGUUAUUCUCAACUCCCCUCCUUUGUUCUGCUGUGACCUGAAAGGGAUUGAUGUCGUGGUUCCUUAUUUCAUUUCGGCUCUUGAAACUAUUUUACCUGACAGAGAACUCUCAAAGUUUAAAAUCUAUGUAAACCCCACAGAACUAAGAAGAGCUUCAAUUAACAUCUUGUUGUCUCUGUUGCCCCUCCCUCAUCACUUUGGAACUGUGAAGUCUGAGGUUGUCCUGGAAGGCAAAUUCAGCAAUGAUGACAGCUCAACAUAUGAUAAGCCAGUAACCUUCCUCUCCUUGAAACUGCGGCUUGUGAACAUACUUAUAGGAGCUUUGCAAACGGAAACAGAUCCCAACAACACCCAAAUGAUACUAGGUGCAAUGUUAAAUAUUGUUCAGGAUUCAGCACUAUUAGAAGCCAUUGGCUGUCAGAUGGAAACGAACGGUGGUGAAAAUAACCUCUUCAAAAGCCACAGUCGAACCAACAGUGGCAUUAGCACUGCGAGUGGUGGCAGUACAGAGCCCACAACACCAGACAGUGAGAGACCAGCACAGGCCCUUCUGAGGGAUUAUGCUCUCAAUACAGAUACAGCCGCUGGGCUGCUCAUACGCAGCAUUCACCUGGUCACCCAGAGACUCAACUCGCAGUGGAGGCAGGACAUGAGUAUCUCUCUGGCUGCACUGGAGCUUCUCUCUGGACUGGCAAAGGUGAAGGUGGUGGUGGACUCCUCAGAUCGGAAGAGAGCCAUCAGCUCUGUCUGCAGCUACAUCGUGUACCAGUGCAGCCGCCCGGCCCCGCUCCACUCUCGCGACCUGCACUCCAUGAUCGUGGCAGCGUUUCAGUGCCUCUGCGUCUGGCUCACUGAGCACCCUGACAUGCUGGAUGAGAAGGAUUGUUUGAAAGAGGUACUGGAGAUUGUGGAGCUGGGCAUUUCAGGAAGUAAAUCUAAAAACAGUGAACAAGAGGUCAAGUACAAAGGAGAUAAGGAGCCAAACCCCGCGUCCAUGAGAGUGAAGGAUGCUGCUGAAGCUACGCUGACAUGUAUCAUGCAGUUACUUGGAGCAUUUCCUUCUCCCAGUGGCCCUGCUUCUCCUUGCAGCUUGGUGAAUGAAACCACAUUAAUUAAAUAUUCUCGUCUACCCACCAUAAACAAGCACAGCUUCAGGUAUUUUGUUCUGGAUAACAGUGUCAUCCUGGCCAUGUUGGAGCAGCCUCUGGGGAACGAACAGAAUGACUCUUUCCCCUCUGUCACGGUUUUGAUCCGUGGGACAUCUGGAAGAUUUGCAUGGGCCCAGCAGCUCUGCCUUUUGCCAAGAGGAGCGAAAGCAAAUCAAAAGACUUUUGUACCAGAACCUCGACCAGCUCCUAAAAAUGAUGUUGGUUUGAAAUACAGUGUGAAGCAUCGCCCCUUUCCUGAAGAGGUGGACAAGAUCCCAUUUGUGAAAGCUGACUUGAGCAUUCCUGAUUUGCAUGAAAUUGUGAAUGAGGAGCUGGAGGAGCGACACGAGAAGCUGAGGAAUGGCAUGGCCCAGCAAAUUAUUUUUGAGACUUCCAUAGAUCAGAAAAGUGAAGAGGAGUGGAGGAAGAAGAGCUUUCCCGAUCCGAUCACGGAGUGUAAGCCCCCGCCGCCGGCACAGGAGUUCCAGACAGCACGCCUGUUCCUCUCCCACUUUGGGUUUCUGUCUCUAGAGGCAUUGAAGGAACCUGCUAAUAGUCGUCUACCUCCUCACCUGAUUGCACUUGACUCUGCUCUUCCUGGGUUUUUUGAUGACCUUGGCUACUUGGAUUUACUGCCGUGUCGUCCUUUUGAUACUGUUUUCAUUUUCUACAUGAAGGCAGGCCAGAAAACAAGCCAGGAGAUCCUGAAGAACAUGGAGUCUUCCAGAAUUGUUCAGCCACACUUCCUGGAGUUCUUGCUGUCUCUUGGCUGGUCUGUUGAUGUGGGGAAGCACCCUGGCUGGACUGGCCAUGUCUCAACAAGCUGGUCAAUCAACAGCUGCAGUGAUGAAGAGGGACCCGAGCAAGAUGAUCUAAUUAUUUCAGAAGAUGUUGGGGCAAGUAUCUUCAACGGGCAGAAGAAGGUGCUGUACUAUGCUGAUGCCUUGACAGAAAUUGCUUUUGUUGUCCCAUCACCAGUGGAGUCCCUAACUGAUUCACUGGAAAGCAAUGUCUCUGACCAAGAAAGUGACUCCAACAUGGAUCUGCUGCCAGGAAUAUUGAAGCAGCAGUCUCUGACACUGGAACUGUUCCCCAAUCAUACAGACAAUCUUAAUGCCUCCCAGCGGCUCAGUCCUACUUCCAGAUCCAAGAGGGUGCCUCAGGGCCGGACCAUUCCACCGAUGGGACCUGAAACCAAAGUGUACGUGGUCUGGGUGGAACGUUAUGAUGAUAUAGAAAACUUCCCCCUCCCUGAUCUGAUGUCUGAGACUAGCACUGGUGUGGAAACUACAGCCAAUAGUAGCACUUCCCUAAGAUCUACCACUCCUGAGAAAGAAGUUCCUGUGAUCUUCAUCCAUCCCUUAAACACUGGCUUAUUCAGGAUAAAACUACAAGGAGCAACUGGGAAAUUCAACAUGGUUAUCCCACUGGUGGAUGGAAUGAUCGUCAGUCGGAGAGCUCUUGGUUUCUUAGUGAGGCAGACAGUAAUAAAUAUUUGUCGGAGAAAGAGGCUGGAAAGUGAUUCCUACAACCCCCCCCACGUCCGCCGAAAACAGAAGAUCGCAGACAUUGUCCAUAAGUACAGGAACAGGCAGCUGGAGCCUGAGUUUUAUACCUCACUUUUCCAGGAGGUUGGGCUCAAGAACUGCAACCCCUAGGUCAUUAUCCUUCCAGGACAAUUAGAUCAGAGCUUGGUGGCUACAGUAAGGAAAAGAGUUAAAUAACAACAACAAAUUUCCUCAGCCCUCCGGAAUUCAGGAAAUCAUAUCCUAGCACAAGUCAGCAGAUACCAUGUGGGAGGAAUGAGAAAUGCACCCAAAACAUUCAGUUGGAAUAUUGACUGAAUUCACCUACCUUCAGAAGAUUAUGUACUUCCAGUCUUCCUGGAUGCUAGCAACAUAAUUCCCUCAUCCAAUCAUUUAUUCCAGAUUAAUUAGGAACUCUUAAGUGUCCCGUUCUGUGAGAAGAAAACAAUCAGAACAAAACCAUCUCUGCAUAUAAGGAUGGAAAACAAAGUACAAACAAACUUACCUUCAGACAUCUCACUACACCCGUGUCAGAGGAGGAGGGAGCAGAUUCAGAGCAUGAACUGUCCCUGUGAGAACUUCAAAGACAUUUUCAGCCCCCCUCAGCUCAACAGAAGAUCCUGCACUGCUUGUAACCUGUGUCCCAGAAGCAAGAGGAGGAAGAUUGCUUGGAAACAUCAGGUCAUGGAAUUCAUAGCCAAGAUCCUGUGCUUCUCAGUUCCCUCUGUGGCUGGGAGUGAGACCAUCAACAUAGGUGGUUUCUGUUGCACUGGCAGCAACAACCACCUGAAACUACUUGACUUUCCAACCUAAGUUACUACUAGAGAACAGCUCUUGGUUAUAUAAAAACAAGGUUGUGACUUUCAGGUCUGUUGCAAAAUGUCACAUAUAAUUUUAGCACCUUGAUUUUUAAUUUUUUUUAAUGCUACUAGUUAAUUUAUUCGGAAGUGUCUGUGUUACCUACUCACCAUUUCCAUAAAAGGUGUAAAACUUGCUUCCCUUCCAUUGGAUUGAAAUCUGAGAUUCUGGGGCUGCCUCCUGCCUGGUAUUUAUAGCAUCAGCAGUUUUCGCAGCUUCUGUAACACUUUUCAGAAGCUCCUGUUAAACAGACUACAGCAACUCAGAAAGAAAAUUCAAUAAUUCUUCUUUUUCCCCAUGAACCUGCUGAUCCCUGAAAGCCCCUUUGGAGUUAGAGCUGAAAGUGGUUUGGAAUCUCCGGUGCUUUCUUGUGCUCGGCAGCAGUGGUUCCCUCUCACCUGGGUCAGAGAUUUGCAUUUUCAGCCUGUGGAUUUUCUGUGCUCAGGAGUUGAAGGAUCUGCUGGGAAAAGGUGUUUGCAACUGCAGAUGAGGUGUUGGGAUCAGGGAAGCUGCAGCGGGCACUGGAAGAGGGGGAGCCUGGCCUGGGGCAGCCCAGCCCUGUUGCAGUGUGAAUCAUCACUGGUGCUCCCAGAGAUGCAGUUUGGGAUCUCUGGCAGCAACACGUGGCCUUUUCCUUCCAGCCAGGAGGUGAUGUGAGACCAAGAGUAUGAGCAGGAAUUUGGGGAGCUCCUCACAUUACUCCCAAAGUGUUUUAAUUAGCUUUUUAAUGUACAUUGCAGUAGUACCAUGUACUUCUGAUAUUCCAGAGUUACUUUUUGCAACAGUUCUGACCUGAAACCAUCUUAAUUGUGUCAUUACAACUUACCUGCCAAGGACAAACCCUGAUCCUGUCUUUUCAUGGGUCUUUUCACAAAGACUUAGUGGAAACACAGGCUCCUAAAAAUACACGUGGAAGGACUUUCAGGAAGUCAACCAAAGGAGUUUUAGGUGACAUGUGCUUGUUGCAGGGGACAAGCACACUGGUCUCUCAACUCAGGAGCUCUGGAUUUUGAUCCACAUGAGUCACAAGUGAAAGAAUGAAUGAAACCAUAUAAAGAAAACCACUGUAGAAGUAAGCAUGAUGGCUGGCCCAGGUUUCCUGAUGCCCAGGAGGAGCUGCAAGGCAGCCUCUGAGUGUACUGGAAAAGCUGUGAAGGGAAACUGAGGCACCUUCAGCCUCCUGCCAGUAUCAGUUUAAUGCACGAACACUAAAUUUACCCACAUUUUGUAUGUACCUAUUGGAUCUAAUUAAUGGCCAAACACACCUUAGUCCACUGAUUUAAAAGGCAUGACCAGUGCGUGUGUAACAAAUAAACAUACUGAGCAAUCAAAUGUCUGCACAUCUUCAAUAACCUACCAACAAAAGCCACACAUUGUAGCUAAGUGUAUGUUACACACAAAGUCCUUGGUUUAUGGAGUGAUGAGCUACAAAAAUAGUCCUUUCAGGCAUGUGGGUACAGCCAGCACCCCACAGACCUGUGCCUUUGGUUUGGGGAAACUUUGGGUAUUUUCCACAAGGACCAAGGACCAAAAGAGUUUGAACUAGAUAAUCUUUAAGGUCUCUUUUGUAAAUGGUUUGUUGCCUGGCUGAAGAACAGUCUUGGGUCUGGAACAGUCCUGACAGCAAUGGAAGUGUUUAGAAGUUGUGAAAGAAGGUGACUGUUGGGCAUGGGACUGCUGAGCCCAUGGGGAAGCAGCUCUGUGGAACUGUAACACUGGGUGGUCAACCCAUCCCAGGCCUGUGGUGUGACCUGCUGUCAGUGUUGGGUUCUGCUGGCUGGGAAGGUGAACCUUGCAGAAAGUCACAGCUCAGGAUAGAAGGGUUGAGGUUACAGAGAUAUUUUGCCGUCCCACUUGGUUUGGGUGCCGGUCGCAGCAGCGAGUGCUCGUGGCAAACCUGUGCUGGGGGAAGGUGUCUGCAAGGAAGGUCCCACCUUCCCCUGCACGUGGGGAGGUCUCAGAAUUCUUCAUAAAAUCUAAAACGCCAAUUUGGGAGUGAAAUCCUUGUCCUGUUCAAGUCAGUGACCCAACUCCACUGGCUUCAGCUAGUCCAGGGUCCAGCCUUGAGCUUUUUCCUCUGAAAGGCUUAGAGCAAACGAGCUUUAUUUCAGCUGUCAUUGAAAGAACGUGUCAGUCAAGACUCCAGAGGGGUUUUUUUUCAUUACAAACUGCUGUCUUGAGUUUUCAACUUGACAGCUUGGGUGGCUUGGGUUUGCAUUCCUGUUCACUGGGGGGUCGAGCACCGACCACUUGCUUCACAGGUGGUGUGACCCUGGUCUGAGCUCACAGGAAGCUUCGUGCUGCAGGAGCUGAGUAGCAAAUGUGGCCUAAUAACUAAACUGACACUUUCUCUUUUCCUAAGACCCUUCUGUUUGGGUUCAUAAUUUCUGCUUUGAAUCAUGGCAUCCUUUUAAUGGGGCAGAAAGAGGGGGAACCAUUGUCACCUUCUUAAACACAAUCUUGAAAUUGCAGAAGUUUUAGUACCUUAAUAAAGACUGUCCUUUAAAGAAAAGCAUCUUAAGGGUACUUCAAAAAGGGCACUACAGCUUUGGAGCAAAGAGGAGAGGGAAGGACAGUGCCUGUGGAAACCAUGGUGUCCAUGUGGAGAGCAGCAUGUGCAGGAGGCUGGAGGGCAGAGCAGCCUCUCACUGCUCCUCUGGCUGGAUGUGCUGGGUCUCCACAGGUGACAGCAUCUCUUUCCUGAGAGGUUCUGCAUGCCCAGAAAGAUUGAGAGAAUUAAAUUUCAACCUAACAGGCAAACUUAAUGAUUGUGUAAUUGAGUGAUGUCUUUGAAGGCAAACACAGACCUUUUCCACAUGGAUUUUAGCAGGAGCAAUUAGAAAUUAGAAGGCCAGGUAUCAUGUGCUUCAAAUCAUAUACAAUUUGUAUGGAUUUCUGUAUGUUGCCAAGACAUGAUCUUUUUGUUCUUAUUGUAUUUUUCUGUAAAUAUUCCUGGCGCUAAGUUGUAAAGUAAAGGCAAAAUGUAAAUAUGAAGAUGUGAACUAUGUUCCCUUGUCUCUAGUACUUUAUCUCUUAUUUGUUUAGGGAAGGCACACAAAGGCUUGUUUGUAUUUAUGCCAAUUCUUUGUCCAGGAGAAACACAUCAAAUAUUGAAUGUAACACAGUUAGUCCAAUAAAUUUUAAAGAUUCUUAUCUAGUAA